UACUUAUAUAUUGUUUUGAAAAUUGCUACUGGCAUUUCACUCUUCCCUUUUGAAGAGAAAAAAUGGCAGACUUAGACACUGCAACUGCAGAUUCCGGGAAAGAAGUGAAGGUGCUUCUCAAAGAGUUCGAUGCAGAGCUCAGCACAAUUACUAACGAAGGAGAAGGAAAAGAAAGCCCUCCGUUAACUCCUUUCACAGAUGCCGAAUGGCUCGCUCAUUUGGAGCUCAAAUUUGUGCUGCGUUCUCUCAAAAUCGAAAUGCUGCGCACUGUGGGGCGUUGUAUCGGCGCUGUUUAUUCAGAUGGCCUUGCUUCGCAUAUCUCCCCGACCGCCGUGAAUAAAGCACUGAUGACUGUGCAAGAGAUGACUGAAAAAAUUGAGUCUAGGGCACAGAAACGCCUUUCAAUUACAGAUCCAGGAUUAUUUCCAAUGGUAUUGCGUCUGGUUGAUCGAUAUGCGUUAUCUAUGGCAGAGUCAGAUUUGUUUCAGCUUCUCUUUGUUCGUGGUGCCUCCAAAUCUCUUACAUUUCGUGCUAUCAUAGAAAUUUUACUCUCACAAGCAGGAGGAAGGCAGGAUGAUAAGGAGAUAGCCAUGGAGCUUUGUGGGAUGAGCUUUUUGGAAGUUGAACAAUUCCUGGAUGACAAACGGACUCAUAUAUCUGAGGGCAUUAUUAUAGGACAGGAUGAAUAUGAAGGGAAAACAGUUCGAAUGAUCAAUGAGGCUAUAUCUGCAUUGUUGCUGGGAUCUCUAAAUACUGAGCAGCGACUGAAAUUGAGCAAGACAGAGCUACUGAAUGUUAUGGAGUCUUCAAAGAUUCAAGACAGCAUUCCCAUAGAUACGGUUGACUAUUCUUCUCAAUUGUCACUACCAAUUAUUGUGGAGAGCAAUGGGACACCAUCUCUUACUGAUCUCAAUCCUGGAAUUGACAAUUCUUCUUCUCGAAAGCGAAGGCAUGUGUCAACUGAUCAAGCUGAUACGAGUGAUGAUUUAGCAGCUGAAACAUCAUACACAAAUAAGCUAUUAAGCCAAAGACAAAUCUCUGAACACCAGGAAAUGGAAGUGCCUGUUGAUAACGAAAACAAGAAAAUAAAACUUUGUGGAACUGAUGCUGGAACCAGCAGUGAAACCUGUCCUUCCUCAGGCCCAUCAGAUGAAGAGGUGAAGGCUUCAACAAAUGAGCUUCAACCAUACACCUCAAGUCUUGAAUAUCUUGAUGAUGCAUUUCAGGCUUUAGCACUGAUGCUUCGCAUUGCAAAAGCACGUCAUAAAGAGAAUCUUAAAGAAGCCUGUAACAAUGAGCGCCCUUGGUAUGAUGUGUAUCGACCAGCUAAAGUUUCUAGCAUACGAGAAUUGUGUGCGAAGUUGAAGUAUGUACAAAACCGGCUUCAUGAGAGGAUCAAAAUUACAGAACAAGGAUUAAAAGAUGGAUCUACCGAACUUCCACGUUUGGAGGCAUUGGCAAGGAAGCUUGGUUUGGAUGAAUUUGAAAAAGGAGUGGUGGUUAUGCUAACAGGCAUUGCAAUAUCUCCUGUUGUGAAGAGUAUUUUUGAAGGUGACAAUGGAGAUAGUAGCUUUCGUCGUUGUGGUGAGGUAGUUCAGGUCAAAGACAUUUUGACAGUUUUUUUUGAUUCCUUCAAGGAACAGGUUCUGGCCCGUACACACUUCUACAAGUCAAGCAAACUUGUUGCAAGAGGUCUAAUCAAAUUGAGAGUAGUUGCAUAUGCACGUGGAGGUGGGGACUUGAUGGACCAGCAGGUGGAACUAGAUCGUCGCAUGCUGGAUUGGAUUGUUGGUCUUGAUACUGAAAUGAAUGAACUUGUUGAAGGAAGUCAUCUAUAUAAGCCAAUGGUACCUAUUGAAAGCGUUGUCCUCCCUGAUGAGCAGAAGAAAACGAUACUGAGGACAACUGAUAAUUUUGCAAAAUUUAGGCAAUAUAGAAAAAAUGCCGGUCUUGAAGAUUUUAUGACCUACGGAGCAGGGCUUGUUAUACUUCUUUGUGGGCCAUCAGGAACUGGAAAGACGAUGACUGUCAAUGCUGUUGCCCAUCAUCUAGGAAAACGUGUUCUUCUUGUAGAUUUUCAUUCACUUCAGUCAGUCUGUGGAGGAAAUAGUCGUGAUGAUCAUUCUGCUGAUCUGCGUGGACUCUUCCGAGAUGCUGAUAUGAAUGAUGCCAUUAUUUUCUUUGAUGAAUGUGAGGCUAUUUUUGCACAGAGAGAACGUGGUGGUGAUAAAUUGCUAAAUACACUUUUGACAGAGAUGGAGCGAUAUGAAGGCAUAAUAAUGCUGGCAACUAAUCGACCUUUAGAUCUUGAUGAAGCCAUGCAUAGGCGUAUCACAUGUGUGAGUGAGUUUCACCAACCAGAUCACACACAGCGAUACAAAAUAUGGAAACUUGCAUCAGAGCGCCUCCCAGUUGCUGAGAACAUUGAUUGGGAGAAAAUAUCUUUAAGAUAUGAGUUGAGUGGAGGGUACAUAAAAAAUGCCUUGUUGAGCUCUUUGCUGUUGGCUAUUUCUCGAGAUAGCCACAAUCCAAAAAUGACUGAAGAGGAUAUUAUCUCAGGAUGCCGGUCACAAAUGCGUGGUAGCCUACAGAUGAAGUCAUUCACACACAGGGUUGUUCCAAAGACAUCAAUGGAUGAACUUAUACUCAGUACUUCUAUGCGUAAGCACUUAGAAUGUAUUAUUAGCUUUGAAAAGGCUAGGGCAGUACUCCUUGGUCAAUGGGGUUUUCAGCAAGAGCAACUCGGGACUGCAUGCUUUUUCUGGGGCGCUCAUGGAACUGGCAAGUCAGCUGCUGCAGAGGCAAUUGGAUUUGAAUUGGGUCGUCCAUUGAAGGUGAUCAAUUGUGCUCAAUUAGUAUCAAAUGAGCAAAGCUCUAAGACAAGCUCAAAUAUAUGCACAUCAUUUAAAGAUGCACGACUUCUGGAUGCUGUUCUUGUGCUGGAGGACUUUCAGAUAUUUGGUUCUGAAAAUGCCUCCUCUAGAGAUGGAAUAACCAGUGUUUCACCCUGGUCAGAUGUUGCUAUAGGCCUCCUUUUACAUGAGCUGGAGCGCUUUCCAGGCAUUUGCAUCCUGGUUGCAAAUUUUAUACAGGAAAGUGCUAUCCAUAGGUUGGAUCCUGAGUUACGGCGUAGGUUGAAAUUUAUUGUAGAAUUCAAAAUGCCUGAUCAAGCUGUGCGAACUCAAAUGUGGAAAAAAAUGAUUCCUAACAAGGCACCAGUUGCCACAGAUAUCGAUUUUGAAGAGUUGGGUCGUCGCUUUGAGUUUGCAAGUGGUACAAUCAAUGCAGCGAUCAUCAGAGCAGCUGCAGAGGCUGCACUUCGAUACAAAGAAUCACACAGGAUAACCAUGAAGGAUCUUGUGAAAGCUGCCGAGACAGAACUUGAGCACAUGAAAGAUGAAAUAAGUGAAACUAUGCUUCGUGCUUUUCUGUAGGAAUCAACUUAUUUUUCUAGCCGUGUUGGUUUCAGCAUGGUGCAAGUUGGGUGCGGUUUGUCAAAUCAAUUUUAGUUGUGAUGCUUUGGCAAUAGUUGGCUAGAUCAAAUUGACAUUCAAGCCUGAAUAAGCCUUCACUUGGCACCAACAAUAUGUAAAAAUAAUGGCUCUCCCAGUAUAAUAAUUUUUGAUUAGUUAUUUAAGAUUCUCAAGAUAAGGUAUGUGUGUUCGUUCACUCUGUAUUUGUAUGAACAUGGCACUUGAAAGGAAUUGAACUUUUGUCACAUCGCCAUACACACACCCAUACCAAAAAACGAAACUGAGGCCUUCAAUGAGGCAAUUAUAUUGUGUUUUUUAAAUUAUUCUUUUUGUUAUAAUUGACAAUCAAAUAUAAUACAAACACUUUAAACUA